AUCCCUUAUCUUUGACCAGGUAGGUCAUUUUACCUCAUACCUUUUGUUUAUCAGUUUUUUGUUCAAUCAGUUACUGCUCCUUUUAUCAUUCCUGUGCUCCAGCUCAUUCCAAACGGACAUAAUUUAAAUUAAAGACACAAAAAAUAAUGUCUUCUCCUAUUUUCAUAACGAACGACGAAGUUAAAAGUGUUCUCACCUGGCCCUUGAUCAAUGAAUCCAUCGAAGAAGCAUUUAAAUCAGUUGUAAGCGAAGAUAAAUAUCCAUUAAUAGGGGAUCAGGAUCAACCCUAUGCCAAUCAGAAUGCUAGAACCCGAACAUCAACUCACAAUGACUCUGGAUCUCUGUUCACUAUGCCCGGAUACAUUGGUAAUCAUAAAUUGAGCCUACCUAAUGGCGAACGAAAAGCAUUCCAAACUCUCGGAUGUAAAUUGGUAACAUGGUCACCAAACAAUCAAAACCUCAAGCCACCACUGCCAACUAUCUUGGCUAAUAUUUUGCUUCUUGAUGGAGAAACUGGACAAUUGCAAUGUGUUAUGGAUGGAACACUGAUAACUGCGUGGCGAACAGCUUCAGCAUCAGUUGUGGCCACAAAGUAUUUGUAUUUUGGAAGAAAACAUGUUCAAGGUUCUUCGGAUGGAGUGACUUUGGCGAUUCUGGGCUGUGGAGUUCAAGGUGAAAGUCAUGCUUUGGGAAUGUGUACGGAGUUCAAAGUCAAUGAAAUUCGUCUAUGGAAUCGAACUGCAAGUAAAGCUGUCGAACUAUCUGCCAAAUUGGAUGAGGCUAGGAAUUCGUUUGUUAACUCAAAUCCAAUUAUAACAGUUUGUCCUAGAGUUGCAGAUUGUGUUGCCGGUGCUGAUAUUAUUGUCACAGGGACACAAACGGCUGCACCUAUCUUAAACUUGGACAUGCUUAAAAAGGACGUACACAUAAAUGCUGUUGGAGCAAGUGCUUCACAUUAUAGUGAACUUAACCAAGAUAUUUAUGAUGUUGCUUCCGUUUACAUCGAUUACUGGGCUGGAGCUAAAACUGAACUUGCUGGUUUGAGAACCAAUAUUGUAUGUGAGGUGGGUGAAGUUAUAAUCAACGACAAGAAGACUCCGGAGAAAGGCAUAACCGUAUUUCAGUCAUUGGGAAUGGCUGUAGAAGAUGCCGCUGUAGCUCAAGCUGUUUAUCAGCAUCUUAAGAACAAACAAUUAUGAAAUAUUUGAAUUUUUAUACUUACUCUUAAGAAAAAACGUGUUACGUUUAUAUUUUUUAAUGAAAAAUUAUAUUUUUAUAAACAAAAAAGAC